AUGAUAUCAAGACUUAUUCGAAGAUUCGCUGAUAAAGUUGUGCAGAGAACUACUGAAGAACAAAUCCAAGUCAUAAACAGAUUUACAAAAGAAUUAGAAAAAGAGCUUCCUCAAUAUGAACAAGAUCUAGCUGAAGCUGAAGUGGAUACUGGAAGCGAGUUUGGAGAAUUUGGCUAUAGGGUAAAAGGUCCUGAGCCUACCCGCUAUGGAGAUUGGGAAAUUAAAGGAAGAGUAUAAUAUUUCUCUUAUAUUUCCUACUAAAAAUUAUUAUUUUUCUAUUGGGGGCAAUGCAUAAGACAGCUCUAUAAGUGAUUUUUAA